AUGGACAAUGUCGACGUUAACGGGAACAUUGGCUCUUGGUUUAGUAGAAUGAUUCGCUUGGGUGAUAUGGGUUUUUUUACUGCAGCUGGAGAUGCUGCAACUGCUCAUCGUACGGUGGGUAGUCAGACUAUAUUACCUUCUUUUCGUCAUUUGGUUUUGGAGGAGGCGCUAAGAACGUAUUUUACGAGGAGUGAAGAAAAAGUGCAUCUAUUAAUGCGAGAAGCAAAUUUGCAGCGGGAGCGAGUGCAAAAAAUAAUGGAGGAUGUUUCAUUGGGAGAUGUAUUAAUUACUUUGAAUGUUGGGGGAACAAUGUUUACGAUGUCCCGACGGACAUUGUGCGCUGAGCCGGAAAGUAUGCUCGCGUUGUUGCUUUGUGAUUGGAUGAAGGUGGAAAGGGAUGCAGCUGGUGUUAUUUUUUUGGACCGUUCACCGCACCUAUUCGGUGAAAUAUUGUCGUACUUGCGAGUUAAGAGUGAUUUUCAAAGAUCAGGGAGUUUUCGCACGGAUACACGAGACGGAGUGAUGGAUGAGGAUGGUGAAAGGAUCGUUUUAACGCAACUGACACAAACGAACUGGCGUCAUCUAAGUUCUGUAGAUUUGCAUAGACUGAUUGCUGAAGCCAAUUAUUAUAACCUGAAAAGUUUGGAAUUUUAUCUUGUACAGUAUUCUCAACGAAGAUGGAUUGAAUAUGGUACAUUUGUUUCUUCUUGUGAGGUGAGUAAUAAAAGUACUAGUGAAUCUAAUAAAACAUGCUAUGAAGAGGCAACGAGAACCUCUUCCUUCUUGUCAGAUGCGGUGAUAUGCUUUGAUUACGAUAAUGAAACCAGUAUCUGCGCAGUAGGUCGCGGAAAUGGUUUGAUAUCACUUUAUUUAUUACCCUCUGUGAGUUUAGUCAAGACAUUGAGAGGACAUACAAACUGUGUUACAGCUUUAGUGAUUACUUCAAGGCGUGUUUUUUCUUGUGCACGUGAUGGAUUCAUUUUUGUAUGGCAUGGUCGUGAAGGGUCCUUUGCACUUAUCAGUAGUUUGCAUGCACACCAGGGUUUUGUCCAUGAUCUCCUUUACUUGCCGGAUCAGUUAUCACUAUUUUCAUGUGGCGAGGAUGGUCACAUAUGUGUUUAUAUCUUAUCAGAUGAACUCCAUCCCAACACAGUUGGGGGUGUCACUGCCCCCGGUCCUCUGCGGUCUCUUGCUGCGUACCAUCAGUAUAUCUUUGCCUCUUGUAAGGAGAUGAUCAUCGUGCUUGACACUUUGCGUGGGGCACUUCUGCCGGUGCGGGGAGAAGCUCAUGCGGCCCCCGUUCGAUGCCUGUCGGUGUGCGAGCCGGCUGGGCUGCUUGCCUCGGGCGACUGGGAGGGUGCCGUUUAUGUGUGGGGGGUGCGGGGCGUGGGCGGUGGGGGUCCUGAGGGUCUCUCGCCGCUGCGGCAGGUGAGAAAGAGGGGCGAUUGGGUCGUCCACCUCACCUUCGUUGGUGAGUUGCUGGCAGCAGUCUCUGGUGGGGGCGUAGACUUCAUCGACAUCGGCCCUCAGCCGACGGUUGUGCGGCACAUAGCAGGCACAGGGCCGGGGGUGCGGGUGGUGCUCGCACUUGAGUCUAUCAACUGUCUCCUCCUCGGUGACGUCGAUGGCGGACUCACAGCACUCCAUAGUCGUCUUUUCACGCACACAGAAGAGAAGGUGAAUGUGAAAAAAACAGAUGAAGAGAAACAGUAG